GUUGACGCUCUUUCUAUCUCCCGGCAGGAAGGAAGAUGGUGUCUGUCAGGAUGCGGUCGUGUUUUCGAUCGCUUUUGCUCUUAAACGUUUUCUACGGCGUCGUCUCCUCGUUGUAUUUUCACAUCGGAGAGACGGAGAAGAAAUGUUUCAUCGAGGAGAUCCCGGACGAGACCAUGAUUAUCGGAAACUACCGGACUCAGCUGUACGAUAAACAGAGGGAGGAGUACAUGCCUGCCACUCAGGGCCUGGGGAUGUUUGUGGAAGUCAAGGAUCCCGAUGACAAGGUGAUCCUGUCUCGGCAGUACGGCUCGGAGGGGAGGUUCACCUUCACCUCACACACACCUGGAGAGCAUCAGAUCUGUCUGCACUCCAACUCCUCCAAGUUCGCCCUGUUUGCUGGAGGCAUGCUGAGGGUUCACUUGGACAUUCAGGUGGGAGAACACGCCAACAACUACGCUGAGAUCGCCGCCAAAGACAAGCUGACGGAGCUGCAGCUGAGAGUGCGCCAGCUGGUGGAGCAGGUGGACCAGAUCCAGAAGGAGCAGAACUAUCAGAGGUACCGUGAGGAGCGUUUCCGUCUGACCAGCGAGAGCACCAACCAGCGGGUCCUCUGGUGGUCUAUCGUCCAGACCCUCAUCCUGGUGGCCAUCGGCAUCUGGCAGAUGAGACACCUCAAGAGCUUCUUUGAGGCCAAGAAGCUGGUGUAGCUCCACGUGUCUGUGUGCGUGUGUGUCUGAGUGUGUGCGUGCGUGUGUGUGUGUGUGUGGUUUCUACUCAUUGGCGGCGAUCGCUGUCAGAUGAAGAACCGCUGAGGACACGCAGAGAAAAGUGAGGUUGGGCUUUGCUUCACUGUUGAUGGUUCCUCAUUGUUUCCUCACAUGUGCAGUAGACUAUUGGGGGAAGAAGUGGGGGGAGGGGGAUGUGACAACGAUAUUUAUUACACAGGGAGCUUCUCACUCUGCUUUGUGUUAACGUGCUUCUUUAUUAUUUUUAAUAACUUCCCCCCCUUUAUGAGGUCAUAAUGUGUUACUGGCCACAAGAGAUGAACUGCAGUCUGAUGCAGAAAAUAGAAUCCUGAUUCAACGUAGACUGAUUCGGUGAAACGUUUCUUCUCUUCAUGUGGGAGACGUUAAAGCUCUGCUGCCGUUGUUUCGGUUGUCUGCUCUGAGUUCUGAGGUGGCGAGAAGUCUCACGUGACCUCAGUGUUCAGGUUUCAACAUCAACAACUGAGCGGCACCCAACAGCAGAGCCUAAAGUGACAGUAUCGAUGUUCUCGAGGGGGUUUUGUGAGCUUUGUGUUAAACUACAUUCAGGUGGAGUGUCUGUUUUGGACGUAUUUUAGACUUUUAAAAGAUUCUAUAUUUAGAAUAUUAUCUCCUUCGUGGCUGUCAGACAGUUGAAGUUGUUACCUGUAAUCUCUUUGAAGACACCAGACUCCAUUCACACAAACAGUUGUUUUAGCUCCAACCACUAAGGAGUUGCUGGUCUUCUGCUGCCUUCUUCUGCUGGUUAGUUUGUGUUAUUGUGUGACUUCGGUGAACCUGAACUAAACAUUGACAACACCAAAGUCACACAACAACUCAAGCUAUCUGACAGAGCAAGGCAGCGGCCGACCAGAAACUACCGUGUUCCUGGAGGUUCGAUGAGUGUUUUCUUAAUGGAGUCUUGUGUCUUUGAAGAGAGCACAGAUUUCAGAACUCUUCUUCUGACAGCACACUAAGGUGACAAUAUUCUAAAUAUAGAAUUUAUAAUUCUUUUAGGUGUCUAAAAUACAUCCACAGCAGUACUUUGCCGGUAGUAGUACACAGAAGUACCUCAUUUAACCACACCUCUAGAACAUCCCUACUUUUACUAUAGUGGUGGAAUCAUUACUCUUACAUUUUAAAUUAGUGUCCUCCUCUCAUCACACAUCUGUACAAUAUCAUUCCCGCCGUCUGUUUUAUUGAUGAGGAGGAAGUUGAGCUUUUUAUUGGAGGUUCAUCGGUCGGGGAGUGUAACAAAAGCCAACGCGUCGCCACCACGGUGAUCUCAUUCCUCCAGAUGUUUCUCCUUUUUCAGGUAAAAAAACAGUCACCGUAUAGUUUUGUUUUCUAAGUCCCAAAAUGUUUGGCUUCCACAUGUGUUCGCUUCCAGUAAAAAUAAGCUGUGGAAUAGGAGUCCGAUUUUAAAAUAAACUCCCUCUAAUUUUCCCUCUAAAGAUUUGGUUCCUUCUCUGGUGUUUUUUAUGUUGCUGGAAUCUUUCAGGACUGUUGGGUUAGACUUUGAAUCAUUUGGCUUUUAGGCUGUGGGAGGGGCUUGAUUUAAUUUCAUUUUUUGGAGAUAUUCUGUCCAUGUGAAAUCUAAAACUGCACUCGGAAUAAAGUUUGUCACAUUUGA